AUGGACGUAGCACGACCCGGACCGCCCGACGCGAUGCUCAAUGAGGCCGUCCCCUCUGAUGGCGCAGGGGCUGACAUGGAAGCCCUCAGCCUUUCCCACGAGCUUCUGACGCAGCUGGCUCAGCUUGGUGCCUUCCCGGGGAAUGUGAACUUGGACCAGUUCAAUGGGGACCCCAGCGCUACAGCAGCAGUGCUGCAGGCAGCAGGGCUGGGAUCCGCCGACAUCCCUCAACAGCCCUUUGAACCGGCAGGCCCCUCUGAGCAGCCGGGAACUUCGGGCGACGGCGGGGAAGGGCAGGACGAGAGGACAGUGAUAAAGAGGAAGACUCCAUUGAACGAAGAGGAGCGCAAGAAGCGGCGGAAGGAAAUCAACCGGCAGUCAGCGCGGCGCAUACGUGAGCGCAAAAACAACGAGAUGGAGAGCUUGCGACAGCAGGUGGCAAAUUUACAACAGCAGCAGCAGAUGCUUCUGCGGUAUGCAGCACAGCUGGCGCGAGAGAAGAACGCCCUGGUGCAGCGUACGCUCGAGCUGACAGAGCGUCUCAACGCAGUGGCAGCUGCCGGGAAUCCGGAUGCGCGGCUGCCGGCGUUCGAUGGCAGCAGUGGCUUCACGGCAGCUGCCGUCGCGCCGGUGCCGGCUGCCCUCGGCAAUUCAGCCGAUGCGGCGGCGUCGGAUACGGCUGCUGUCCUUGGCCAGCCUGUGUAG